UGUAAUAAUUAUUACCAUACAUGUGCACAGUGCAGAAGGCCGGCGGCCAUUUUAUUGUAGACCAGUCCGGCUGCUGCAGCAGCAAUAGGUUCUCUGGAAGUGGGACGUCCGGAGCAGCGGCCAUUGUCCCCUGGUCCGAGCUCCGACUUCCUUCUAUCAAUCCCAAAAGGCAGCAGGAGCAGAGAGCAGCCAUUGCUGUGUCUGGCAGCAGGAGGGGGAGUGUAUAGAGGAACACAGGGGUCUGUACAAGGACGUGAUGAUGGAGAAUCACCGGCCCCUCACAUCACUGGAUGGGCCCAGUAACAGAGAUAUCCCAAAGAGAUGUCCCCGUCCUCUGUAUUCCCAGGAUUGUACAGAGGAGAAUCACAGGAUCCCACAGGAGGAUCAGCAUAAAGAACUGACUGAUAUAAAAGCAGAUGAUAUAGCAGGAGAAGACAACACAUAUAUGACUGAUAUUAUGAUAGAAGGUAUAAAGGAAGAGGAAGAGAUGUAUGUGACUGAUAUAAAGGGAGAAGAUAUAAAGCGAAAAGAAGAAGAGACGUAUGUAAUGAGUGAUCAGCAGUGUAAGGAGGAGGAAAUCCCCACAGAUAUCAGCACAGCAGAUGGAGGCACAAGCAGCAAUGCCUUGGAGGGAGAUCUCAUCUUGUCUGCAGAUACUGACAUAGAAGAUAACAUCACACAGGAUUCUCCAGGAGACAGCGCUGUUCUGUUACAUAUACAUCCGAUUCCUCACAGAGUAGAUAUAACAAGUGAUCCCCCUAAUCGUGAGGACUGUUCUUCUGAUACCUCAGCUUUUGUUACACAUAGUGCAGCUCAUAUACCUGAUAAAAUAUUUCCCUGUUCUGAGUGUGGGAAAUGUUUUGCACGGAAAUCAUAUCUUGUUACACAUAAAAGAAUUCACACAGGUGAGAAGCCAUUUCCAUGUUCUGAGUGUGGGAAAUGUUUUACAGAUAAAUUACAUCUUGUUAGACAUCAGAGAAUUCACACAGGUGAGAAACCAUUUCCAUGUUCUGAGUGUGGGAAAUGUUUUACACGGAAAUCAUAUCUUGUUACACAUCAUGGAAGUCACACAGGUGAGAAACCAUUUCCCUGUUCUGAGUGUGGGAAAUGUUUUACAUUUAAAUCACAUCUUGUUACACAUCAGAGAAUUCACACAGGUGAGAAACCAUUUCCAUGUUCUGAGUGCGGGAAAUGUUUUACACUGAAAUCAUAUCUUGUUAGACAUCAGAGAAGUCACAUGAAUGAGAACCCAUUUCCAUGUUCUGAGUGUGGGAAAUGUUUUACACGGAAAUCAAAUCUUGUUACACAUCAGAGAAGUCACACAGGUGAGAAUCUGUUUACAUGCUCUGAGUGUGGAAAAUGUUUUACAGAGAAAUUACACCUUGUUACACAUCAGAGAAGUCACACAGGUGAGAAGCCGUUUCCAUGCUCUGAGUGUGGGAAAUGUUUUACACGGAAAUCACAUCUAGUUGCACAUCAGAGAAGUCACACAGAUGAGAAACCAUUUCCAUGUUCUGAGUGUGGGAAGUGUUUUACAGAGAAAUCAAACCUUGUUACACAUCAGAGAAGUCACACAGGUGCAAAGCCGUUUCCAUGCUCUGAGUGUGGGAAAUGUUUUACACAUAAAUCAAAUCUUGUUAAACAUCAGAGAAUUCACACAGGUGAGAAGCCAUUUCUGUGCUCUGAGUGUGGGAAAUGUUUUACAGAUAAAUCAAGUCAUGUUGCACAUCAGAGAAUUCACACAGGUGAGAAGCCAUUUCCAUGCUCUGAGUGUGGGAAAUGUUUUACAAAUAAAUCAAAUCUUGUUAAACAUCAGAGAAGUCACACAGGAGAGAAACUAUUUACAUGUUCUGAGUGUGGGAAAUGUUUUACAUAUAAAUCAAAUUUUGUUACACAUAUUUCACACAGGAAAAGCAUUGCUAUGACAUACCUGAUAUUUGCCAUUCAGGAAUGCCACUAUCAGUUUCAAAUGUCGCCGUUCGACCUCUCCACGGCUCCGAGAAUAUUCACCAAAGUGAUGGCAGAGAUGAUGGUUCUCCUUCGCAAGAAGGGAGUCAACAUCAUCCCUUACCUGGACGAUCUCAUAAAAGCGAGAUCCAGGGAAACUUUGUUGCAGAACAUCGCACUGUCCAUGACGGUGCUACAGCAUCACGGUUGGAUUAUCAACCUUCCGAAAUCCCAAUUGGAACCAACAAUGAGGUUAUUCCUGGGAAUGAUUCUGGACAGCGAAGUACAGAAAGUAUUCCUACCUAUGGAGAAGGCUCUGGAAAAUCAGAGGCUGGUCAAACUACUUUUGAAACCGACACGCGUGUCGAUCCAUCAGUGCAUCCGCCUGAUGGGAAAAAUGAAAGGAUUGACUUUCCUUCCUGAGUUUCAGACGUUCAUUAAGGGAGUUCUGUGCAUCCAACCACCAUUUGUGCCCCCCGCGGCACCAUGGGACCUUAAUGUGGUGUUGCAGUUCCUCAAGUCGGACUGGUUUGAACCUCUGCAGGAGGUGGAGUUGAAGUUUCUCACUUGGAAAGUGAUCAUGCUGCUGGCCUUGGCGUUAGGCAGACGCGUGUCUGAGUUAGGAGCUUUGUCUCACAAGAGCCCUUACUUGAUUUUUCAUGAAGAUAGGGCUGAACUAAGAAUACGUGACCCGAGCGGAGGCUUCGUAUGGUUGCCUGGGUUACUCUCCUGCAACGCGGCGCUCCGUGAUGUCAUCGAUAGGCGACGUGCAAGCGUGGCCGGAUGGACUGGCGGGCGGCAGCGCCGUGGAGCAGCUCCGCCUUCCUUCUGUCAUUCCCACAAGGCAGCAGGAGCAGAGAGCAGCCAUUUCUGUGUCUGGCAGCAGGAUUACACCGUAGUGAAGAAGACAUCCGGUGAGUGUGAGACACUCAGCAGCUGUCCCCGUGUAUCAGGAACGCUAAGCAGGACCCAGAGCCCCAUCCUGGUGCCUCCACCUCACUCACUGAUACAUGAGAGGCACAAUGUCAAGAUCCUGGAACUCACCAACAAGAUCAUUCAGCUGCUGACUGGAGAGGAGUGGGAGUAUGUAGAGGAACACAGGGGUCUGUACAAAGACGUGAUGAUGGAGAAUCACCGGCCCCUCACAUCACUGGAUGGGCCCAGUAACAGAGAUACCCCAGAGAGAUGUCCCCGUCCUCUGUAUUCCCAGGACUGUACAGAGGAGAAUCACAGGACCCCACAGGAGGAUCAGUGUGAAGAUCUGACUAAUAUUAUGGUAGAAGAUAUAAAGGAGGAAAAAGUGAUGUAUGUGACUGAUAUGAAGGCAGAAGAUAUAGAGGGAGAAGAAGAGACGUAUGUGACUGAUAUGAAGGCAGAAGAUACAGAGGGAGAAGAGACGUAUGUGACUGAUAUGAAGGCAGAAGAUACAGAGGGAGAAGAAGAGACGUAUGUGACUGAUAUGAAGGCAAAAGAUACAGAGGGAAUAGAGACGUAUGUGUCUGAUAUGAAAGCAGAAGAUAUAGAGGAAGAAGAGACGUAUGUGACUGAAAUGAAGGCAGAAGAUACAGAGGGAGAAGAAGAGACGUAUGUGACUGAUAUGAGGGCAGAAGAUACAGAGGGAGAAGAAGAGACGUAUGUGACUGAUAUGAAGGCAGAAGAUAUAGAGGGAGAAGAAGAGACGUAUGUGACUGAUAUGAAGGCAGAAGAUAUAGAGGGAGAAGAAGAGACGUAUGUGACUGAUAUGAAGGCAGAAGAUAUAGAGGGAGAAGAAGAGACAUAUGUGACUGAUAUGAAGGCAGAAGAUAUAGAGGGAGAAGAGGAGAUGUAUGUGACUGAUAUGAAGGCAGAAGAUAUAGAGGGAGAAGAAGAGACGUAUGUGACUGAUAUGAAGGUAGAAGAUACAGAGGGAGAAGAAGAGACGUAUGUGACUGAUAUGAGGGCAGAAGAUAUAGAGGGAGAAGAAGAGAUGUAUGUGACUGAUAUGAAGGUAGAAGAUACAGAGGGAGAAGAAGAGACGUAUGUAACUGAUAUGAAGGCAGAAGAUACAGAGGGAGAAGAAGAGACGUAUGUGACUGAUAUGAGGGCAGAAGAUAUAGAGGAAGAAGAGACGUAUGUGACUGAUAUGAAGGCAGAAGAUAUAGAGGGAGAAGAAGAGACGUAUGUGACUGAUAUGAAGGCAGAAGAUAUAGAGGGAGAAGAAGAGACGUAUGUGACUGAUAUGAAGGCAGAAGAUAUAGAGGGAGAAGAAGAGACGUAUGUGACUGAUAUGAAGGCAGAAGAUAUAGAGGGAGAAGAAGAGACGUAUGUGACUGAUAACAAGGCAGAAGAUACAGAGGGAGAAGAAGAGACGUAUGUGACUGAUAUGAAGGCAGAAGAAGAGACGUAUGUGACUGAUAUGAAGGUAGAAGAUACAGAGGGAGAAGAAGAGACGUAUGUGACUGAUAUGAAGGUAGAAGAUAUAGAGGGAGAAGAAGAGACGUAUGUGAUUGAUAUGAAGGCAGAAGAUACAGAGGGAGAAGAAGAGACGUAUGUGACUGAUAUGAAGGCAGAAGAUAUAGAGGGAGAAGAAGAGACGUAUGUAACUGGUAUGAAGGCAGAAGAUAUAGAGGGAGAAGAAGAGACGUAUGUGACUGAUAUGAAGGCAGAAGAUAUAGAGGGAGAAGAAGAGACGUAUGUAACUGAUAUGAAGGCAGAAGAUAUAGAGGGAGAAGAAGAGACGUAUGUGACUGAUAUGAAGGUAGAAGAUAUAGAGGGAGAAGAAGAGACGUAUGUGACUGAUAUGAGGGCAGAAGAUAUAGAAGGAGAAGAAGAGACGUAUGUGACUGAUAUGAGGGCAGAAGAUAUAGAAGGAGAAGAAGAGACGUAUGUGACUGAUAUGAAGGGAGAAGAUAUAGAGGGAGAAGAAGAGACGUAUGUGACUGAUAUGAAGGCAGAAGAUACAGAGGGAGAAAAAGUGAUGUAUGUGACUGAUAUGAAGGCAGAAGAUAUAGAGGGAGAAGAAGAGACGUAUGUGACUGAUAUGAAGGCAGAAGAUACAGAGGGAGAAGAGACGUAUGUGACUGAUAUGAAGGCAGAAGAUAUAGAGGGAGAAGAAGAGACGUAUGUGACUGAUAUGAAGGCAGAAGAUAUAGAGGGAGAAGAAGAGACGUAUGUGACUAUGAAGGCAGAAGAUAUAGAGGGAGAAGAAGAGACGUGUGUGACUGAUAUGAAGGCAGAAGAUACAGAGGGAGAAGAAGAGACGUAUGUGACUGAUAUGAAGGCAGAAGAUACAGAGGGAGAAGAAGAGACGUAUGUGACUGAUAAUAAUGCAGAAGAUACAGACGGAGAAGAAGAUACGUAUGUGAAGGAUGAUCAGCGGUGUAAGGAGGAGGAAAUCCCUACAGAUAUCAGCACAGCAGAUGGAGGCACAAGCAGGAAUGCCUUGGAGGGAGAUCUCAUCUUGUCUACAGAUACUGACAUAGAAGAUAACAUCACACAGGAUUUUCCAGGAGACAUCCCCGUUACACUAAAUGUACAUCCAGUACCUCGUAGUGUAGUUAUAUCAUCUGAUCCCUCUAAUCGUGAGGACUAUACUUCUGAUACCUCAGAUGUUAUACAUAGUGCAGCUCAUACACCUGAUAAAGUAUUUCCCUGUUCUGAGUGUGGAAAAUGUUUCACAUGUAAAUGGAAUGUUGUUACACAUCAGAGAAUUCACACCGGUGAGAAACCAUUUCCAUGCUCUCAGUGUGGGAAAUGUUUUACACGGAAAUCACAUCUUGUUACUCAUCAAAGAAGGCACACAGGUGAGAGGCCAUUUCCAUGCUCUGAGUGUGGGAAAUGUUUUACACAUAAAUAUUAUCUUGUUAAACAUCUAAGAAGUCACACAGGUGAGAGACCAUUUCCAUGCUCUGAGUGUGGGAAAUGUUUUACACAUAAAUAUUAUCUUGUUAAACAUCUAAGAAGUCACACAGGUGAGAGACCAUUUCCAUGUUCUGAGUGUGGGAAAUGUUUUACACAUAAAUCAUAUCUUGUUAAACAUCUAAGAAGUCACACAGGUGAGAGACCAUUUCCAUGUUCUGAGUGUGGGAAAUGUUUUACACAUAAAUCAUAUCUUGUUAAACAUCUAAAAAGUCACACAGGUGAGAGACCAUUUCCAUGUUCUGAGUGUGGGAAAUGUUUUACACAUAAAUCAUAUCUUGUUAAACAUCUAAAAAGUCACACAGGUGAGAGACCAUUUCCAUGUUCUGAGUGUGGGAAAUGUUUUACACAGAACUCAGGUCUUGUUACACAUCAGAGAAGUCACACAGGUGAGAAGCCAUUUCCAUGUUCUGAGUGUAGGAAAUGUUUUGCACAUAAAUCAUAUCUUGUUAAACAUCUAAGAAGUCACACAGGUGAGAAACCAUUUCCAUGUUCUGAGUGUGGGAAAUGUUUUACACAGAACUCAGAUCUUGUUAAACAUCAGAGAAAUCACACAGGUGAAAAGCCAUUUACAUGCUCCGAGUGUGGGAAAUGUUUUACACAGAAAUCACAUCUUGCCUCACAUCAGAGAAGUCACACAGGUGAGAGGCCAUUUCCAUGUUCUGAGUGUGGGAAAUGUUUUGCACAGAACUCAGAUCUUAUUAAACAUCAGAGAAGUCACACUGGUGAGAGGCCAUAUUCAUGUUCUGAGUGUGGGAAAUGUUUUACACAAAAAUCACAUCUUCUUAGACAUCAGAUUUCACACAUGAGAAAAGCAUUUCUAUGAGCUGAUACAAAACAAGGCUGUAGCAACUGUUGAAUACUCAAACUCUUAAAGAAGUGAUUAUUUAUUAAGUAUCAGAUCACCCUCUGAGAGUAACAUGUUCUCAGGGCUAUAUCAAAAGUGUGAACCGCCCAAUAUGACAUCUGCAAUUCAAUGAUAUCUUCUCAUAAUGUCAUUGACACUACCACUGAUGUAAUGCUUUAUCCCAACUUCAUAAACAUAGGACAUUCGGCAAGGUGUGAUUCAGUAAACAUCAAUCCAAACUCAUGAAAAGGGUUAUUAUUGCCUACUGUGGCCUUGGUAAUGCAAGAGAAACACAAUAGAGUUCCUUUUCAGAAACGUAACCCUGGGUAGGGGGUUGCCGUAUUGGAACUUAUCCCCUGUCUCACGAGCACAUCGGAUGCUCUGUGUAUGUGUUCCUAAAAUGAACUUGUUUUGACCAAAUAUGUAUUAAAGGUGAUUCUGCUUAGAA